UUUCCUACACGGUUGACAGCAUGUGAUGUCAUCAGCUGAAGGUGUUGUCCUGCUCCUUUGAAUUGUUGUCUAAUACCGGCUUUUAAUCUGUAUAUUACAGAGCAACGGGACGAAUGAACGACAGUCACCAUCAUGGCUGAUGAAGCGGACCAGGGAGGAGAUCCAGUGGCCUCGACAACGAAGACAGACGAUGCUCCUCCAGUGUCUUCGAUGACGGAGCUCCUGGAUAGGUGUGAUGAUUCGCAGCUGCUGGAAUCGACAAAUCAUUACCGCAAGAGGCUGGAAGAGGCGAUUCAAAAGGCGGUGGAAAAUGUCGUCUUCGUUCUAGCAUACGAGAGAUAUUUCAGUGAGCAAGAGUACAAGCGAGUCAUCAAACGCUCCAAGAGAGGAAGCUGUGCGGCCGGUUCCACACUUCUCCUCAACCUGGUGACUGAGAAAGAGCCGCGGGUCCGUAAUCUGAUAUGGAAAUGUUUCGUAAAAAUGCACCACCUGCUCCCCAAACUGGAGGAGUUGCUGAUAGCAAUGGGGGAAAAAGGUUCUGAUCUGAUCGAAUCGUUCAACAAUGACAUGAAGGCUUCCUCGGAACUAUCUGCUCAUCUGAAAGAUGUUCAGCAGAAGCACAUGGAGACACUGAAGGCACAGACUGAAAUGCUGAGCGUGAACACCAUCCUGAUGAAGGAGAAGGUUAAGGUUUUCCAGCUGCUUGAUCGAUACGCCAAGCUCACGGUCAUCUCCACUGUUCGAGAUCGGACACUGGUGGAACAUGAGCUGCUGGCAAGAGGCCGGGACCAUGAAGAAUGGAGAGAGGAACAUCUCGGGGGAGAGUUUGAAAAAAUCCGAACUGAUCAGUAAUUCCAGAACGUUUCGGCGAGCAAAUCCAAAUCUGGGAAUUCGUCUGCCGUGGCCGGAGUCCCGGGGAUCGGAAAAACAACAAUGGUGGAAAAGAUUGUUCAUGACUGGGCCACGGGGAAAAUAUACCAACAAUUCCAGUUUGUCUUCAGUUUCAAAUUCCGGGAUUUAAACACAAUUAAAGACAGAAUAAACCUGAGGGAACUGAUUCUGGAGCAAUAUCCUUACUUUGAGAAUAUGC